AUGUUCCCCAGAGCCGCGUAUGUCUCGCUCGUGACGAAAACCGAGUACCUGCCUGGCAUUCUCGUGGUCGACCAUUGCCUCAAGUCGGUUGGGUCGCGCUACCCGCUGGUGGUCAUGGUCACCCCGACCCUCCCUGAGGAGGCCCGGAACGUCCUUGCCAGGCGGGGAAUUGCUAUGCGUGAGGUCGAACGGCUCAGUCCGAGGGCAGGCAGUCAUAAGCUGGCCGCUCACGAUGCCAGGUUCGACGAUACGUGGACCAAGCUCCGAGCCUUCAGCCUGAUCGAAUACGAGCGCGUCGUCCUGAUGGACUCGGACAUGAUCGUCCGGAGGAACAUGGAUGAACUCAUGACGUUAGACCUGCCCAGGGGCUGGAUCGCUGCUGCACACGCUUGCGCAUGCAACCCCCGCAAGCUGAAGCACUACCCCUCGGAUUGGAUACCUGAGAACUGCGCUUAUACUCCCUUGAGCCAUCCAUCAGCUUUGACGAAUCCAACGCCAAUCACAGACUCUAGUCCUCGACCUUACCGCCUGCUUAAUUCUGGUACAGUUGUUCUCUCGCCGUCCGAAGAAGUCAUGAGGGAUAUUACCAAUUUCCUGCACACUUCCCCCUUGGUCGCGACAUUCUCUUUCCCUGACCAAGACUUGCUAUCGGAAUUCUUCAAAGGCCGGUGGAAGCCGCUUCCUUGGUGCUACAAUGCACUGAAGACAUUGAGAAUUAUCCACAAGCCCUUGUGGCGUGACGAAGAAAUACGGUGUCUCCAUUACAUCCUCCACGACAAGCCAUGGCAUCGUCGGAUAGGUGCCGAAGGUGCUGAUGAACAGUACGAGGACAUGCAUAAAUGGUGGUGGGAUAUGUUUGACGAGGUUGCGCGUGACAUGCAGAAGUCAGACCCCGCAGGUUGGCAGCUCGUUUCUGCGCAGGUCGCACGGGCAUAA